UAAGAGUUGAAUAAACACAAAAUGACUUCCAAUGAUAAUCCCUUGUUACAAAAUGAUAGCCAUAUUAACCAUGAGCCUCAAGAGCAAGGCAAACAAUGUACAGAAGCAGAUGUAAGACCAAAAGAAACUGUAAAGUAUGCUGUAACUGAUCAAGCUAAAACAGAGAUUAGAAAAUCCUCCCGUGAAAGACAUUUUACACCUAAAAUGCAGGAGCUAAAAGAGCAAGAAUUGGUCCAAAAGGAAAGAAAGUUCCAGUCAGUCUACGACAAGUGGAAAAUUAAAGUAAGAGACAUUCGCACAAGAUUUAAGGAAGAAUGCCCAGAAAAAGACUUAUACAGCAUGAUGGAUGAUGUUGAAUUGUUUGAUUCUGAAUUGAAAGAACUGUAUGACGAUAUCAGAAAGCAAACAGCCCCAAAUCAAGAAAUUCGGAGGAAAGUUGAUGCAUGCUCUGCUGUAACUUUGGACUUGAUGCGGUUAAUGAGAAUACGGCUAACAGAGGAUGCAAGUGAGUUUGAUGCGGUAGCAGAAAAGGCAAGAUUACGCAUGCUCCUUGACAAUGAAUAUGCCAGAUCAAUAUAUGGAUCUACCACCUCCAGAGUAACUGCACGCAGCCCUCAUUCUGACCAUUUCUCAGAGUCAACCAGCAUCUCUCACAAGAGAGCCGAGACAGCCGCACAGCUAGCUGCAAAGAAAGCUGAAAUUGAAAUGGAAGAUGCUAUUGAAGCUCAUCGUCAACAACUGAAAAGGCUUGAAAACCAAAGAGACAUUGAAGUAAUGCAAGCAAAGCUGAAGGUUUACACUGAAGAGGAGAUCAAAGACAAAAAUGAGAAAUGUGCACAUGGUAAAGUAAGUUCUAGCCUGUCCACCUCUUAUAUUGAAUGUCACAGUGAUGCCCAGCCAGUCACAAAAAAUGAGUCAGCCAUUGUGCAGGCAGUUCAAGAGUCAAUAGCUCUUACUCGGUUACCUGCUCCAGAGCCUACUGUGUUUUAUGGUGACCCUCUAAAGUUUAUAGAGUGGAGCACAAGCUUUAAAGCUCUUAUAGAAAGACGCUGCUCAAAUCCUGCAGACAGGCUAUUUUACCUGCAAAGAUACAUUGCAGGAGAGGCAAAAUCCACACUUGAAGGCAGCUUCUACCGGAAAGAUGAAGAAGCCUAUAAGCAAGCAUGGGACAGGCUCGAUGCAAGAUAUGGACAUUCAUUUAUAGUGCAACGUGCUUUUAGAGAGAAACUUAACAAAUGGCCAAAAAUUGGUGGAAAAGAGUAUGUCAAACUGAGAGAGUUCAGUGAUUUCCUGCAAACAUGUAGCAAUGCAAUGCCUCACAUAAAAGGUCUACAAGUGCUAAAUGACUGUGAGGAGAACCAGAAGUUGCUGGUCAAACUCCCAGAUUGGAUAACAUCCAGGUGGAAUCGCUAUGUAACAGAACAGCUAGAUCAAGGUAAGGACUAUCCAAGCUUCCAAGACUUUGCUUCCUUUAUCUCUAAGGAGGCACGCAUAGCUUGUAACCCAGUGUCGUCCUUACAUGUUCUAAAGCCACCUGCAGAAAUCCCAGUAAGAGAAGCAAAACGCACAAAAGCAAAUGCAUUUGUCACUAAUGUAAAGGCUUCAGACACCUCAGCCACUGCAACUAAGCCUAAUAUAGAGGAAAUCAAGCCAAGAGACUCUGAUAAACAAAAGAAAAGAGACAUACCACCACAAAUCUCAAGCCUGAGCAAGUGCAUUUGUUGUGGAGAAAACCACACCGUACACAAAUGUCCAAAGCUAACAGAAAUGUCUGCGGAUGACAAGAGAAAAUUUGUUCAUGAAAACAAACUGUGUUUUGCAUGCUUGAGGAAAGGUCAUAAUUCUAGAGACUGUAAAAACAGAGCCAUACGAACCUGA